AUGCUCGUGGCUAAACGGAAUAGCCAGACUACUGCUCAAAGUAGUGAGUUCUGGGGGAGCGUUUGGAUGAGGGCACAAUUUACUGCUCUGUUACGCUCUCCUAUUGCGGCACUUGAUCAAACCAAUUUACAUCGUCUUUAUGUUGACAUUGUCCGUCUCCCACAGGCCGCCAGCGUCUACGGUGGUUGCUUAACUUAUAUACCCCAACUCAGUCCGUCACUAAUGCCUUCCUCGCCACUUCUACCGGCUCUAUCAGCCCUCAUCCUUACCUUCAUCGUGCGAAAGGAUAACGGCCGACAUGCACAAGAGCAAGCCAUAGACAGUUACCACAGGGCUCUCCAGCUUACCCGCCAGAUAAUUGGUAGUAACACUACAAGUAGGCGAAAUGAAGUUAUUCUCACUAUGCUGGUGCUUAGUAUGUACGAGGAUUUGACUAACCCCUGCUCCGACCAAUCCAUAUUCAAUCCACAUCUCGGAGGCGCUAUCGCCUUUGUGAAGUCCACGCAAGAUAUAGUCUCAUUCCAGGACGAGACGAGCAAAGGCUUAUACAUAGCACUCCUCACCCGAUUCAUGCCCGCCUGCCUCAUCACCGACAUAACCCACACCGUGGAUGAAUUCCCCUUCACGAUCCCAGAGCUUCUCACCCUGCAUGAUGCACUGCUUCGGACCCCUUUUGUCUCUCCGAGGUCUCGGCUACAGGUUCACCUUUGCAAGCUAGCAAUUCUCCACUUACAAAUCUCAGAGGCUGCUAGCAUCCUGAGCUCAGGACAUAUCUCCUCCACUACUAUCACUGGUAUACACGAUUCGAUGAACACGAUCACCCACCAACUUUCACAAUGGCCGAACUCCGUCCCCAAAGAUUGGAUAUAUACCACCAUGAUAGUCCCUUCCGAGGAUUGGAAUCUAUGGACACCAGUAGCACACAUUUAUUCAUCAUUCUGGGUCGCGAAUGACUGGGCGCGCUAUCGCACGUUGCAAAUAUGUACAUGCCACCUGCGUCUCCGCUUCUAUCAUCUCCUCGCCGCCACCAAUACGGCAUCAAUUCCUCGGAGCAGUCUCUAUAGCGAUGUGUCUACGGCACGUGUGAAGAUCCGCAACCUUGCCAAUGAUAUAUGCGCAUCCAUGCUGUACCAUUUGGGUUAUAGAUGCAUGGGGUCUGCUGCACGACAGUACCCGAUCGAGGCGUAUCCUCAGGGAAAGUACGCAAGGUUAGUGUCGGCAUCUCAAGUCGCAUGGCCAUUAUACGUAGCAGGCAUUGUGGAGGGGGUAGAUGCCGCCCAGCGAAUGUGGAUUGCAGGCCAGCUGGAUGUCAUAGGCGAUGAUCUUGGGGUUAAACACGCGAGUACAAUGGCAGAGGUGGUCAGAGAGCUUGCGCUCAGAGAGUGA